ACCAGGUGCCGCUGGUUCAUUAUGAUGGUAGUUUUCUCGUGAGCUUCUUCAGCUCUUGUUGACUUCUUCGGCGUGACCAUUUCCGGAUAAUAUUUUAGCCCAAGAAUGGCUGCACUGUUUACGUGUUGUCUGGGAUGCUGCGGAGAUGGGGGAACGGGGCAUAUUCCCCUCAAAGAAAUGCCUAACGUCCAGUUAGAUACGCAUCAUAUGGGCACGGAUGUGGUCAUCGUGAAGAGUGGCCGGAGGAUAUGUGGCACCGGGGGUUGCCUCGCCAACGCUCCCCUGCACCAAAACAAGAGUUACUUUGAGUUCAAGAUCCAGUCCACAGGUAUAUGGGGGAUAGGUGUGGCAACUCAGAAGGUGAACCUGAACCAGGUCCCCAUGGGGCAGGACAUCAACAGCCUUGUCCUGAGGCAUGAUGGCUCGAUGUAUCACAACAACGAGGAGAAGAACCGCCUCCCUGCCAAUAGCCUUCCACAGGAGGGGGACAUUGUGGGCAUCACAUACGACCAUGUGGAGCUGAAUCUCUAUCUGAAUGGGAAGAAUAUGCACUGUCCAGCUUCAGGGAUCAGAGGCACCGUGUUCCCAGUGGUUUAUGUGGAUGACAGCGCCAUCUUAGACUGCCAGUUCAGUGACUUCUACCAUACGGCGCCGCAAGGCUUCGAGAAGAUUCUGUUCGAGCAGCAGAUUUUCUGACCAGCACCUCCUUAUACCUCCAGGCCUUUACACACACACACACACACAACCCUCAGCGCUCCUUGUUGCUCCGCAGAGAUCUGUGACCCCCACCCUCGUUCCAGCUGGUUUGAGUGUCCCUCUGUAUGUGUUCUGGUUACUCUGCUUUAAAGCUGUUCUGGGUCCAGUUGGUUUAGCUCUUGGUUGGUGCCAACACUGGAGCAGUAAGAAAAUUGAUCCCAAGUCAGCGGUGAAGGGCAUUGAGUAGCCAAAGUGGUGUGUGUGUGUGUGUGUGUGUGUGUGUGUCGCAUUUGCAGCUGAAAGACAGUCAAGUUAGUCAAUAUUGCUUUGCUUCAGUUGUAAUCAUCCUGCAUUGCAACAAUUUGUUAUGGUUGCUGCUUCUUUCUGAAAAGAGUUUAAACAAUGUUUAUGUGUUGAGUCUGACAGUAUUGUUGUGCAAUCACUACACAUGUCCAUUGGUCUGGACCAGAAGCCAUGUUGAGUGUUCUUUACUGCUACCUAUGUAUGGUUUGAUUAUGGAAUCUCAAUGAACUCUUAAUGCCAUAUUGAUAUGUGGGGGCAUACACACCCCAAAAUAUAUAUACAAAUUGUAUUUGUUUAUAGCUGACACUAAUGUUCGAUGUUUUGUUUCCCUAAUAAUUGACAUUGAUUUAGUUAUUCGUAUUUAGAUUUUUCAUAUUUUGAUCAUGAUCUCUCAUUUAAAGUAAUUUGUCACGGCUCUGAUGGUUAUUCCAGAUUGGGGUUGGGUAGGUUACUUUCUGAAUGUAAUCCUUUACUAGUUACCUGUCAAAUUCUAAUCAGAGGCGCAACUUUUGGAUUGCCCAAACUCCGUAACGUAUUCUGAUUACUUUUGGAUUACAUUCCUUUUAAGAGGUGUUAGAAAAUGUGAAAGUAAUCCAAGAAGUAAUCUAGUUUUUCUAAAUUAUCUGUGAUCUUAUAACAAUUUUGCUGUUACUCCCCAACGCUGUAUUUGUGGAUGUGACGUUGUCCUACCCUACUAUAUUUCAACUGUCAGAUGAACACAUAUCUCCUUUUGAAGUGUGAAAACUGUCUCAAAUGUUAAAUGCUUGUUUUAGUUUGCACUAAUGAGAUGUAUGUUGAAUAUUAACCCACACCUGAAUACUUAUUGUCUAAUACAAUAAAGAAACUUGUCUCUAGAAGCAUUGAA